AUGAUAGCAUUUGACUAAAAUCACUCAGAGGAGAUCACUAAAAUAUGUGAUAAGGAUAAAUUGAAUGAAUUAGAUUAUUCACUAAUACAUAUUAAUUGGAGAUAACAUAUUUUGAGAGAGUUCAAUAGGUAUAUUAAUAGUAAACCCAAUUCUGAAGACAAAUAUUAUUAUUGUUAUCUUAGAAAUGAUACUAUAAACACUUUGUUGAAAAUCAUUCUCAAAAUUACAUAUUUUUAGAAAAUAGUAUUCUAAUUUGUAAUAAAAAUUAUGGAAUUUAGAAUUAUGGGCAAAAAUCUCUAAGACUUCGGUUUCUUAUCUUACACUAUGAAGUAAGUGAACUUCAAGUAUAAUUUAUUUAAUAAAUGGAAUGAUCAAGCUGGAGAAUUAGUAUCAUAACACUAGCCUUUAUUUAUAUCUAAUUUGAAAUAUAAUUAUCAUAAGUUGUUCUCAGGUAUCUUAUUUGUGUUUUUGGAUAUAUUAUUUGGUGUAUUAAGUUUGUUAAUACUUUAUUAUAAUGUGACUUAAUUGAGAGACUUCUUACAUAAGUAUGGUUCUAGUAUUCAUAUAGAAGUGUUGUCAAAAGAAGUUGAAUGGUUGAUGGGAUUUCCUGCAGGACUCAAAACCAACAAGCCUUUAAAUUACGUUUUGGGAUAGAUGAUCAUGUAUAUAAUUGUCCUUUGGAAUCACAUUACAACAUUUAUUACACCAUACGAAAACAUUUUAUUAAGAGCUGUAAUGAUAUUUGGAUUGUUUGGAUUAAAUUUUGAAUUGUCCUUGGCUAUAGAUAUUAUAUCUUUAUGCACAAUUCAUGUGUAUUACAUAUAUAAAAUGUUGAUGGUAAUUUAUAGAUAAUUGUGGGUGAUGAUAAUUUGUUUUUAUCGAAUAACCUAAAAUAAAUUUAUCAACAAAUUUAGAAACAAACUAGAAGAUCAUCCAUUUUUAUGGGAUCAAAAGAUUAUCUCUAUGUUUUUAGGUUUCUUUUUACUUAUGAUGAUUCCAACAGUCUCAUUAUACUAUUUUUGGUUCUUGUUGAUUGUGAUAUUCAUCUAUUUAGUAAAAUUAACCUUAAUUAGUUUUCAAAGGAUAUUCAGCAAGUUCCCAUUAUUUUUAUUAUGUUCUUAUUUAUACCUACACAAUAUACCUUAAACAUUGGAGAUGAAUAUUUAAUAAAUAUAAAAUAAUACUGUGAUUGUAAAGAUGAUUUAUAAGAAGGUGAAAAUUACUUAAGUAAUAAAAUUGAAUAAAUUGGUGACUCUAAAAUAACAAUUUAAUAUAGCUUAGAUCAUUAAAUCAAUAUUCGUUGGUUAAGAUAUUAUGAUCAAAUCAAAAACCCAGAAAACAGCGAUUAAAUAAAUUAAACACAGUGUAGAUCAUUUGGUACAAUUAUGA